AGAGGGGCCAGUGGGGGUGAAAAAAUGGGUGGGCGGUGAUGUACCGGGGCGAGGCUGGAAGAGGGGAGAAAUGCGCAGGCCGCAAGGAUUGGGGACAGUGAAGUGGCGAGGAUACGCGCGGGGGAGGGUUGGGGAGGGGAGGGGCGAGGUUAGAGAGCAAACAGGGACUGGGAGCCGGACGAAGGGAGAAUACGCGGGGAGGCGGCCAGGAACCCCGGAGAAGGGGCGAACACGGCUGGGAGGAGAGUAGAGGGUUCAACUCGGAAGGUCAAGACAAAGAGGCGUGGGCAGGCCGCUGGGCCAGCUAGUGCCAUCCUUGCCAUCAUGGCAGAAAAAGUGAACAACUUCCCUCCAUUGCCCAAAUUCAUCCCCCUGAAGCCAUGUUUCUACCAAGACUUUGAGGCAGACAUUCCUCCCCAGCAUCUCAGCAUGACCAAGCGCCUCUACUACCUCUGGAUGUUGAACAGCGUCACGCUGGCCGUGAACCUGGUGGGCUGUCUCGCGUGGCUGAUCGGAGGCGGGGGAGCCACCAACUUUGGCCUCGCCUUUCUCUGGCUCAUCCUCUUCACACCCUGCUCCUACGUCUGCUGGUUUCGGCCCAUUUACAAGGCCUUCAAGACUGACAGCUCCUUCAGCUUCAUGGCAUUCUUCUUCACCUUCAUGGCCCAGAUGGUCAUCAGUAUCAUCCAAGCCGUGGGCAUCCCAGGCUGGGGCGUCUGUGGCUGGAUCGCUACCAUCUCCUUCUUCGGAACAAAUGUUGGCUCAGCAGUGGUGAUGCUCAUUCCCACCAUCAUGUUCACGGUUGUGGCUGUGUUUUCCUUCAUUGCCCUCAGCAUGGUUCAUAAAUUCUACCGGGGCAGUGGGGGGAGUUUCAGCAAAGCUCAGGAGGAGUGGACCACGGGGGCAUGGAAGAACCCACACGUGCAGCAGGCGGCCCAGAAUGCAGCCAUGGGGGCAGCCCAGGGUGCCAUGAAUCAGCCGCAGACUCAGUAUUCCGCCACCCCCAACUACACAUACUCCAAUGAGAUGCUACGUGUCCCAGUGGUAUAUGCUCCUGAGACUGAGCCCAUUCCCAGAUCAAGGAAGAAGACAGGAGUGAGCCUUAGGUGUGAUGUGGGAGGCACACGGCUGGAGAUGCACAGCCCACCUGUGUACCUCACUCCCAGGGAGUGGAAAUGCUGGGUCAUCGCAGAGCUUGGCCUACAAGGAGGGGGGCUCCUCUCUUCUCUGCCCUGCUUCUCCUCCUCUUCCCAGAGCCCCCUUGAGCCCCUCUGCCUAUGUCCCUCCCCAUGCCCCCAGCUGCUAGCCUACCCCCAUCCCAUGCUAGGUGGCAUCUGUCGUCUGUGAGGGCCAAUUCCAUUGCCUUCUCUGAAGAGCUGGGUGGUAUCCAAGUAGUUUUCAGGUGUAAAGGUACAGCUGGAGCAGAGGGAAUGUAAAUAAUUAUUGGUCCCUGAGUAAGUUCUGACUGGCCCAAAGCCACUGGGCAGGUACGAGGUAUCUCUGAAUGACCAUUGGAUUCCUGGGAGCAGAUAGCUGUUCUGUGUGGGUCUGGUAGAGGGGCGGGCUCAGAGGGCUGGGCCUGAAGGGAAGAUUGGAGGAGAAGGCAGGCAGGACCCAGGGAGAGGAGAGCCUGCCUCCUCCCACCCCAGCUUGCUUUUGGUCACAGAGCAGUUCUGGGCACUUGAACUCAGGGCCCAGGGAGAAGCGCAUGCUUAGUCCUAUCCCUGAGCACAGUAGCUGGAAUGGGGUUUCAGAUUAGGUGGGGUGGGAGGGGACGCCUUCUGACAUUUUUUUUUUUCCCCCCAAAUCAAGAUCACCUACCCCCUUCUGCCUAUUAGACUUGGUCUUUGGACCUUUCUCACCCCGUCAGAACCCGCUUUCCCUUGCAGGGUAGUGAUUUAAGGCUACCUGGGGCUACUUGGGGCUGUUCUGUUCCAAGCAUUGUGAAAAUGUUGCUGGUAGAGGUCCUAACUCUUUCUGAGGCCUAGAGGGAGUGGACUUUUUUACCCAAAGAGCAGCUGCCUGUUUUCCAUCCUCCCUUCUCCUGUCUGGGCUAUUUGGCCUGAAAAUUUUGGCCAGGCCAGCUUGGUCACUCCGGGUUGGCUCCAGCUGGGAACCCAACACCUGUGCUUCCAGGUGCCAUCCUGAGCUUUGAGCUCCAGGCACUUCAUUUUUCCUAUAAGGGGAGCCAAGUCUUCUGAAAAGUUCUCUUCCUAAUGAUCCCUGAUGCUUGGGCCAGAGUAUGAUUGACUCUCUGCUCUACCAUUUUCUCUCCAGGAAGCAGUUGUCUCAGCCUCGAUACCUAAAAAGAGACUCUAGGUCUAGGUUUUCUUCCCUUUUCCUUUCCCCUACCCUAGACCUCUGGCUCCCUUUCUCUUAGUGUAUCUGGUAGCUCCAGGAGGCCUGUGGUAGCGCUCAUACCUGUUGGAUGCCACCUGCAGUCAAUUUCCUGUCCUCCUUGCCUCUCUUCUUUCCUGGCCCAGACCUAUAUGGCCAUGCCCUGGCUCUGCUCUUGGAAGGCCUGCUACCUGUGUGUGACCCAGCUUGUCCAGGCCCUGGGAUGCUGCAUCUCUAGGCAACUAUGCACUUUCCUAGGGAGGGAACCAGUAUGAGAAUUGGGGGCUGGGCAUGAAUUCAUCUCCGCUGGAUGGUCUGUCUUGGGAGUGUGAUGGAGGAAGGUCACUUCUGGGAAUCCUUAGGUCUGGCCAGCCAGUGACCUGCUUUUGCAUUUUGCUGGUGCCUACUGCUCCUCCUCGUUUCUGGGAGACACAGACCAUUGUCCACCUGGCAGUUGACCUGCCUGAGCUGUCUGUCUAUGGUAAUUGAGUGAACCAUAAUAAAGGGGAACAUUUGGCCCUGUG